GCUCGAAGAGUACAUCACUCCUGCGAUAAUACAGUCAAUCAAAAUUUCAAAAUGAAAUUCCUCAUUUUUUGUUGUAUUUUCGUUGCGUUGGCAUAUCAUGGAACUUACGCAAGACGGAGAUUGGUAACCGAGAUUGUACCGUAUAGGGAUUUUCCGGCCUUAGUAGAAGGUAACUGCAUGGUAUCUGAUAUUCCCACAAGAAUAAUUGAUGGUUGUUACAAAGUCCAGUGUACCAAGCAACCAAAUGGGACACUAGAGUGGUCAGCGUCAGGAUGCACGUAUGGUUAUUGUCCGAAUGGAGAACGAUACGGCACCGGCCCGCACGACCUGUCGAAAAAAUUCCCUAAUUGCUGUUAUCCUGUUCGACGUUGCUGAAUACCAUGAAAUGGGAG